UGAACCACCUCUAAGAACAUUAGAAAAUCACGGGCUACUUUUAGGAUAAAUAUGAUUAUGCAUCUUUUUUUCUAGAUAAUUUUGAAUAAUGUGGGGGAAAAUAUUCUGUGUUUUAUGCAGUGUUAGUCAGGCUAUAUAAGCAAAUACAUAAUGAGGAUCUGCACACCCUCUGUGAAACCUCUGGCUUCACUGGUGAACUGUGACUUCAUUUGUGCCUGCUUAUCUGUCACAUCACACCAGGGGCGGCAGUCAGUCACCCAACACGGAGCCUCCUCCUUCACUUAACACUGUGUGGACAUACUGUCGCUCACCAAAGAUGUUUAGGACCAGUUACGAUGACGGCUAGAGCUUCAAAAAAAUGCAGAUGGCAAGAAAAAUUAAUAUGAUUUAUGGCUGGGAUGUCUUGAUUCAAAUACUAGUUCCUGUGGCGAUAUGAGAGACAUAUAAGAAGACAGUUACUGAUGACUCAUGGCGACAAUGUCCCAAACAUGGUCUAUCCUCACUGUCGUUACUGUGCUGGCUGUGCAGCUGUGCAUAGGUGAGAAAUCAUGCGUCAUCUGGUCGAGCAAUGGACCUGUGGUGCAACGAGGUUCCAGUUUCAAUGUGUACUGCACCUUCAACUGCGAAUGCAAGAGAUCCAUGUACAGUGACCACCCACCCACACCACAGAAGCACAUACAAUUUAAUUCUACGACUAUACAUUUUAAUGUGGUGAACAUAACAAAAAACAGAACCUUCAGCUGUGAAUGUAAAUGUUCUCAUCCUCCUAUACUGGACCCCUGUGGACUGGACAUCUCAGCCGGAUAUCCACCAGAUCGCGCUAAAAACCUUUCAUGCAUCUACAAAGUCCUAAAUAAUGAAAGUGGAGUUGUGGUUUGCACUUGGAACAGAGGACGGAAAACUUAUCUUAGGAAUACUGCAGUGCUGUGGGUGAGAACUGUAUCUGGAAGCCACAUAGGUACACCGCAGUCCUACAAUGUCUCCAGUAAGGAAACUGAUUCAGCGUCAGCUAAUUUCACUGUGUCCAGCUCAGUCCAGUCCAUCUCUGUGUGGGUCCAAACCAGCAAUCUACUGGAUACUGUUGUGUCUGACACCAUCAACUACACACUCAGUGACAUCGCGAUGCCACUUACUCCUGUUCUCUGGCUACCUGAGUGCUCUUCCAGGGAGUGCGUCAUCAAAGUGGAGCAGCCUGUGGGGACGCAACACCUGGAGAUCCAAUACAGAACAGAGCAACAGAUGUGGACAACAAAUCCAGACUCAGGAGUCAAAAUGAGUUUGGUGCAGGUCCAGCCCGUCUCCUCUCUAGAGCCCUACAGGUUGUAUCAUUUCAGAGCCAGAUCCAAAUUCAGCACCGGCCUUUGGAGUCAGUGGAGCACAAACAUUUCAAGCUGGACUCAAGAGGAAGCUCCUGCCAAAGAGUUGGAUGUGUGGUUCGCUAAAUCUGACUCUGACUCUAAAUCCCUGACAGUUUAUUGGAAGGACAUCGACAUUUCCAUCGCUAGAGGGAAGAUCAUAGACUACAUAGUCAGAGUUACCAAUUCAGGAUUGAACUACAACAUUAGUGCACAAGCCAGAAAUUAUUCAGUCCCAUUCUAUGACAAUUGUGAAGUGACAGUGUACGCGCGCAACUCUAAAGGACUGUCGCCUCCUGCAAGAAUUACAACCUGCUUCACAAAAGCCAAGCCCCCUCAGGAUGUGCGAGUAACGAAACACAACCCUAAUGUCACCAUCUCCUGGAGCAAGCCUGAAACUACACCGCUGCCUGCUGCGUACGUGGUGGAGUGGUACCCAGACGGCCACAAGCUGGAAGAGCUCAGAUGGGUCAGACUGGGCGGGAAUGACAACCAUGCUGUCAUUACAGGUGUUCAACCAUUUAAGUGCUACGAGGGAGCUGUGUAUGUUUUGUAUCAUGACAACUCCAUGACUAGGACCAGUUUUACAGGUGUCUACACUAUGGAGUCAAUCCCAACAGCUGGUCCAUCAGUAGAGGAGAAGGUUGAGGGAGACGCAGUAAAAGUGAACUGGACGGAGCUUCCCAGGGGUCAGCGCCGGGGUUGUAUCACCAAGUAUACCAUCUAUUUAGAAAACAGCAGCGGACACCAGCAGUCCUACUCUGUACAAGCGUCAGAAAGGACACAUACCUUCAAAGGCCUGUCUCCAGCUGUCUACAGCCUGUGUAUGACUGCUUCGACUGCUCAAGGAGAGAGCCCUAAGGGUCAAAAAAUCAAGUUCGUCAUCCAGCAACACACCCAACUGCUCCUCAUACUGGUGUGUGCAGUCCUCUUCCUCAUCGUGGUGGUUCUGCUGUGUCUGUGCCAGAGUUCGGCAGUAAAGCAGAGGUUCUGGGUGUUUUUCCAGUGCCUCAUGCUUGAUGUUGUGCCAGAUCCUGCAAACAGCAAAUGGGCAAAAGAGUGUACCCAAGAGAAGGGCAGGAUGAACCUCCCGCCCCAGCUAAGGAACUCGAGUGUCACCGAGGAGGACGAGCCCAUCCUCGUGGAUGUUGAGGAGCUGCCGCAGCAGAGCAGUGACAUCUCCGCACCUACAAAUGUCUCCUCGCAGCUCCUUCCUCAGACCAGCCAGAGCUCCGAGACCGAGCCGGCCACACUGCUGUACCCUCUGACCACCUACAUCAAGAGUUUCUCCCAUGACUCGGACAGCUCCAACCACACACAGACCUCUCUGGACACAAACACAACGGUCGGCUACAUCUCGUCACAUGGAAAUAUGGAAGAGGACAAUCAGGAGGAAGUGGAGGAGGCAGCAGAGGAAGAGUUUGCUGAAGUGCUUGGUUUCUUCCCCAGUCACAAUGUUUUCAUGGAGCCGCUGGUGUUAGGAGGGAAGUUGACUCUUGAUGCGGUCAAAAUCGACUGCAGCAACUUCUUUCAGAACAGUUAGUGUUGACCUGAAACCAGAACUCUUUGGUGAGAUGAGGUUUGAGGAAAAACUUUUUUUUAGAGGAAGAACACUUCAGAACAAAAGAACAGUGGACAACUGCAUGACUGGAGGUGGGAACUGGAUGUGCAAACAUUCCUGAGUAACUAGCUUAUGCACUGAGAUAUUUUCUCCUCUUUUUUUCUGCUAGGCUUUAAGUUUUUAGAUCAAGCACCUCGCUGGGAUGUGCAUCAACUACUUCCUUGCACAUUGAGGUCAGGACUGUAACAAAAACAGCUCUCUUGCUGUGGUCUUGCAAAGUGUUAUGACUGAAAAUGUAGUUUUUAAAUUUUUAUUCCAUGCAUUACCAUUGUUUUCUUUCAGGAACAACACUGGACACACUAAUACCACAACCAGAACACAGUACAAGCUGCAAGACAGAGUAUAUCAGAUAUUAUCAUUUCUGAUCAUUGCCUGAACUGAGGUAUUUGGAUGUGGCCUCAUCCUGAUGCUGACAGCACUGAUAAGCCUUUUUCACAGCAGACAUCUCAGGGAAAAGCACAGCUGCUACUAAUAACAUUAACAAUGGCUCUGUUACAUUCAAGUGUCCCAGUAAGACAUGACAGUGUGACAUUGAUCCAGUGUGUGCAACACCGGGACGCUGAAAAUGAAGCAGCUAAAUGGAAUUCAGCCGUCAUUGAUUUGAUCAUUUACACCUGUGCUUUACCUACUGCAAGGUGUCAAAAUGUCUUCAGGGAAAAAGGCCUGUCUCAAAUGGAAACUCUGUUGUAGCAUUGCAUUGUUUUCCAUCAUGUAUAUAUCCUUUAAAUAUAUCUACUACCUCAAUCUCAGCUCAUCUACCAAAAAAAAAAGUUUUAAUUUUGUCUUAGAUUUGUUGGUGGAGUGCAUAAAAGUGCUGCAUGGUGACAGAUUAUCUGACAAUAUUUUUCUGAAGAUUAUAAUCACUCACUUUUUGACAAUCAGUAAAUUUUUGGAAACAAUUUUGAUGUAAAAAAAAAAAAAAAGAUCAUCUUUAAAAUUGAUUUUUUUUUUUUUUGCAUUUUCAUCAGCAGGCUGAAAACUUGAGUAUCAUUUAUCGUGUUUGACUAUUUUGAGCAGCAGCCUCUCCACAGAAUGGCAGAUUAUCAGUAUCCUUCUUUGGGAAUUAAUUUAGCUCAUACAAAAACUUCUGAUUUCUUUAUUUAAUUAUGCAACCUUAAUGGGAGAGUCUAUGAUUUGUCAGCUUUGAUGUGCAAAUAAACAAGUGAUUUUAAUCUUUACACAUGGAAGCACCAACAUCUGCAUCCGUUCAGAUGUGUUUAUGUCUUGUCUUUCCUUUCAAAUGACUACUGGUCUGAAACAGAGUAAACUGAUUGAUCGGGUUUAUCGGUGUUGGCAUGAAGUGAGGCUCAGGGAAGUCUGACCUGACAGCUGAGCUGUAGAAUAUUUUGUAAACCUAGUUUAACAACUUAAGUUCAGAGAUGAUCACUUGAUAAACUUGCUUGACAAGUUUUUCCAGUAAAGACUUCUGUACGAACGCUCAACUUAAACAACCAUAACAUGAGAUUGUGUGGUUAUAAGCAAAAACCAAGUACUGUAUAUUUGUAAAUUCAUUUUGCCUGUGUGCAGGCAGGAUAAAAAGAGUGACAAUGCAAAAGAUUUAUCGACCAUCUUUAUUUACCGACAGAGGUCUCUAAUAGCAGGGCUAGAAUUCACACAUUUGUAGAGCACGUCAGUUGUUCCACACAAUGAACGACUGUAUUUCUUUCAGAGCGAUUAUGCAGUGGUGCCACUGUGGAAGCUACAGGGCAAGUCAACAGUGGAGGAAAAUAUCAGCACAGAACAGACUGCAGAAACAAACUGAAGCUGGGCUAAGUUAACAUCUGUGUAAGGAUGCUGGAGUGGAGUGUGUAAACAGUCGGAGAAGGUCUGAGGGCGUUCCAGGGGAAUACUGCCGCAAUCUCAACCGAGUAAAGACACUUCCUCUCCGUAUCACUCUUAAAGUAAAAACAAAGGCAUUAAUUGACUUGCACAUGGCUAAUAAUCAAAGAUGAAAUGGGCAGGGAGGAAGAGAAUACUGUGAAUAGCACCCUAAAUACAAGAAAAUCAGUACACAUGGAAUAACUUCCAGCUUCAAAUUAAUCUGCUUGACAAAAGUCUCAGGAUCAAUGCUAAUUUAGGAGCGUUAUCACCUUGUGUUCCUCCAAAAAUGACCUAAUGUUCCUCCUUUAGAACAUUUCAGUACAAAAGAACCUUAAUACAAAUUUAGGCGCCAUUUCAUCAAUGCAUUCAAAUGUAGGCAGCAUCACUCAAUCAAAGAUCAAGCUGUGCCCUAUUUGCACCAUGUGAAAUACAGUCUCUGAAAGAAUUUAUGAAAAUAGUUCAGAUUUACAGGCCGAAGAUCAUAGAAGAAUAGACCUCCUGUAUAAAAUAUAAAACAAUACCCCAGUGCUAAAGAAAAAAAUCCAUAAAUCUCAAUGAGUGAAGCUGUAACUUCAUCAGAAAUACCUGGUGUGGCAGAGCUUAUGAGCUUGGGUUGGAGCUCCACAGUGCCUAUUUUUAAGCGAGCAAGCAAUAGCACACACCAAGCUAAAGAUACUCCUUAUGCUUACAUUUCGAAAUGCAUAUUUUCAAGCAGCAAUUA